AUGGCUAUUCUCGAAGGCAAUACCGAUCAUGACCUUAUGCAGCAGCUCUGGGGUAUAAUCACUGAGCUUGGGGAGCAGCUCAGUCAGAAUCGUAGCAUGUCUGUAUCUCUCUAUGGAUUAACGAGUAAGAUAAAGUCCCAGGCUAUCAAUUCGCAAACAGGUUUCGUGCUCCGGAGAUUCAAUAUGGAUAAGACUAAGGAGGAGUACGAUGCCGAACUGGAGAACAUGAACGCAGCCAUGACACAAGAGAAUCAAAAUCUGCAACACGAUAACAAGCAACUUAACGCCCUCAUCAAGGAGUAUGAACAGACGUUGGAAACCCUCAUGAGCUCGUUUAGAAAUCGGGCUAAAGACGUACAGGAACGCGAACUAUCCCUAAUACGAGAAUACGAAGCCAAGCUAUUAGCCCGAGAAGAAGAGAACGCAAAUAAAGACCUCUGUGCCACGACAGCUAUCUCCAACUCUCUUGUUCGCCUGUCACAUCUAUUGCGGCAAGUCUUACGGUCUCAAAACGGAGAAGACGCGGAAUCGCAUACAGCAGAGGGAGAUGACGAGGAGGAUCGCGAACCAUGGACAGCGGCUGCCGCGUCGGACCACGCUCUGGAACGAGACAUUGAAUUAGCACGCCUCGAGAAAGAGAACGAGGAGCUACGGCGGUUGAUGGGGCUGCUACCGCCACAGACGCGCAGGGAUAGCGGAUCUGACUUCCGGCCGUUGUUCGAAGCACCCCAUCCCAUGCGCCUACCGAGCAUGCAGAAAGUCGGCUCCACAGGCGGCAGCCAGCCAAAUUCACCCUAUUGA